AUGUCAUCAUCGAACCCACUUGAUCCCACCAACCUACUCAAGCUCAUCCCUCAACUCCUGCCCAGAUCCACCUCAUCUCCACUACCUCAUCCGACCGACUCAGUCGCAAUCCUAGUACAUGCUAUCCACAUAGCUCUGAGGUUCAGGCUAGUCCAAUCUUCCACGGCCACAGCGAGCACUAGUACGAGCACCUCUGGACCAUCCUCUUCUGCGGCGGCAGGGGAGGAAGCAGUAUCAGGGGAGGACGUAGACGAUGGUGCGUCCGAGACUACCACAGCAGUCGAUGCCGAGGAGAACGAGUCUCCGCCUCAGGAGGGUGUUUUACAAGAAGGAUGGAACGCAAGAGGUGAGGAUAGCUAUAGCUUCCUAUAUAGGCAUGAACAGUCUUCGUUGGCGUUUAGGACACGGAUUGGGAGGAUGGGAAAUAGAGUUCAGGUUGACGCUAUGGCUGAGGAUGGUCAACCGCAUAAUCUUUCGAUAGUCCUUUCUGACCUCGUGGACUCGUCGAGAUUCCCCAUACCGAGCUCCGCGACCUCUUCUUCCCAUACUGAUCCGACUAGUGCCGACGAACUGGCUAAGAUUUGGGGAUACAAGUCAAUCACCAGCAACAAAGAUCUCGUUGAGAAAUACAAAACAAGCGUUAUAGCCAGAUUAAUACCAGGACUACACAUUCCAGGAUACGAAGAAUCUCGAUCAACCGGAUCUGAUCCUCCCAAUCCCCCGCCUUCAGGACAAUCCAGUCACGCUCCUCCCGCAAGACCCCAACCCCCAACCAACCCUUUAAUCGACCCUCUUCGUGAUCCCCAUCCCAGCAAUCCCGCUUCAGUAGGUAGAAGAGAUCUCGACCCUCUAGCUUCGUUCCUGCCUCCUGGGUCGUUCAAUCCCAACAGAGACGGCGGAGGGAUGUUGGUAGAUUUCAAUCACCCACUAUUCGACAGAAGACGUCAAGGAUUGGAUCCCGACUUUUCCGGUCCGGGUGGGUUCAUUCAGCCUCCUGGAAGCAGGUGGGACCCUGUCGGACCUUCAUCCUCAGGAGGGAAUGGCAGAUUCCCGGGACCUGGUGGGAAUCCCUUGGGAGGUAUGGGCGUGGGAGAUGAUAGAUGGGGAGACGAACUUCCCCCUCCGGGUGAGUUUGGACCUGACCUAGGUAGAUUUGGCGGACAGGGAAAUAGGAGAGGUGGACCGGGUAGUGGGCCGGGGGGCUUCGGUGGGCUGGGAGGUCUGGGUGGUGGAAGGGGUGGCGGUGGUGGUGGUGGUGGGUUUGGAGGAGGUGGUGGAUUCGGUGGAGGAGGAAGCAUGUUCAUGUGA